AUGGAAGAAAUUAUAACCCCUAAUCCAACGACAGAAGUUAAUCCUACAAGAACAAUUAGGCCAAUAACAACGUCUAAGCAAACCACAGAAAUUACCAAUGCGGAUAAAACAACUACAACAGAAAAUCCUACCACUACUAUAAGACAAACUACAGAAGUUAAUCCAACAACAACUAAAUUGACCACAACCAUGGAAGAAAUUACAACCCCUAAUCCAACAACAGAAGUUAACCCCACAACAACAAUUAGGCCAACAACAAUGUCUAAGCAUACCACAACCACGGAAAUAACCAAAGCACAUAAAACAACUACAACAGAAAAUCCUACCACUACAAUAAGACAAACUACAGAAGUUAAUCCAACAACAACUAAAUCGACCACAACCAUGGAAGAAAUUACAACCCCUAAUCCAACAACCGAAGUUAACCCCACAACAACAAUUAGGCCAACAACAAUGUCUAAGCAUACCACAACCACGGGAAUAACCAAAGGAGUUAAAACAACUACAACAGAAAAUCCUACCACUACAAUAAGAAAAACUACAGAAGUUAAUCCAACAACAACUAAAUCGAACACAACCAUGGAAAAAAUUACAACCCCUAAUCCAACGACAGACGUUAACUCUACAAAAACAACGAGGUCAAUAACAAUGUCUAAGCAAACCACAGAAAUAACCAAACCAGAUAAAACAUCUACAACAGAAAAUCCUACCAGUACAAUAAGAAAAACUACAAAAGUUAAUCCAACAACAACUAAAUCGACCACAAUCAUGGAAGAAAUUACAACCCCUAAUCCAACGACAGAAGUUAACCCUAGCAGAACAAUGAGGCCAAUAACAACGUCUAAGCAAACCACAGAAAUUACCAAAGAAGGUAAAACAACUACAACAGAAAAUCCUACCACUACAAUUAGACAAACAACAAAAGCUGAUCAAACAAUAACUAAAUCGACCACAACCAUGGAAGAAAUUACAACCCCUAAUCCAACGACAGAAGUUAAUCCUACAACAACAAUGAGGUCAAUAACAAUGUCUAAGCAAACCACAGAAAUAACCAAACCAGAUGAAACAAUUACAACAGAAAAACCUACCCCUACAAUAAGACAAACUACAAAAGUUAAUCCAACAACAACUAAAUCGACCACAACCAUGGAAGAAAUUACAACCCCUAAUCCAACGACAGAAGUUAAUCCUACAACAACAAUGAGGUCAAUAACAAUGUCUAAGCAAACCACAGAAAUAACCAAACCAGAUAAAACGUCUAUAACAGAAAAUCCUACCAGUACAAUAAGAAAAACUACAAAAGUUAAUCCAACAACAACUAAAUCGACCAAAACCAUGGAUGAAAUUAAAACCCCUAGUCCAACGACAGAAGUUAAUCCUACAACAACAAUGAGGUCAAUAACAGUGUCUAAGCAAACCACAGAAAUAACCAAAGCAGAUAUAACAACUACAACAGAAAAACCUACGACAACAUUAAGUCAAACUGCACAAGCUAACCCAACAACAACAACUAAGCCAACCACAAUGAUGAAACAAGCUAUAACUCUUAAUCCAAAAACAACUGAAUCAACCACAUCCAUACAAGAAACUACAACACAUAAUCCAACUAAAGAAGUUAAUCCAACAACAACAGCUAAACUAACCACAACAAUGAAACCAACUACAACAGAAAAUCCUACCACUAUAAUUAUAGAAACUAUAAAACUUAACCCCACAACAACGGCUAAGCCAACAAUAACAACCAGAGAAGCAAUUAUAAACGUUGCUCCAAAAACAACGGUUAAGGAAACCACGACAAUGAAAUCAACGACAACAGUUAAUCCAAAACCAAUUAAAUCAACUACAACCAUAGAAGAAACUACAACACCUAAUCCAAGUACAGAAGUUAAUCCAACAACAACAGCUAAACUAACCACAAUGGUGAAACCUAAUACAACAGUUAAUCCAACAACAAUAACUAUGCCAACCACGAUGAUGAAACCAACUAUAACACUUCAUCCAAAAACAACUUUCAAGCCAACCACAAUAAUAAAACCAUCUACAACACUUAAUCCAAAAACAACGUUCAAGCCAACAACAACAAUGAAACCAAAUACAAAAGUUAAUUCAAGAACAACUAAAUCGACUACAACCAAUAAUCCAAUAAAAGAAAUUAAACCUACAACAACAGCGAGACCAACAACAACGUCUAAGCAAACCACACAUAUGGGAAUAUCCAAAGCAGAUAAAACAACUACAACAGAAGAUCAUCCCACAAAAAUGAGACAAACUACAAAAAUAAGCCAACAACAACCAUAA